GUGGAGGUGCAGGUGGGGGCUAGGGGUUGACUUAGGUAAGCAAGAAGCAGGCCCCGAAAUUUUGUGUCCCCAGCGGCCAAAACGCGUAACAAAUGACAGCCCGCCCAGCGCAGCUUGGAGAAACUGCGACACCUAGUAGCAGCAGCAGCAGCAGCAGUCCACCUUGCAUUGGAGCUGGAGGUUAUUCGCACCAAAACCGAUUGCGACGCAGCGCAUCGCAGCACCACCACCGGGAAACCCAGCGGCGCCCGCCCCCCCCUCCAGAGACAGCCCACCAUGUCGGGCCAGACAAGCAAAUGGCGCGAGGAGCAGAUCCUCGUCAUCUGCCCGGGCAGUCAGACGACAAUGGCCCAGCUCGGCUGCGGCGAGCUCACUCCUCCCGUCCAUCGCUUCCCAACGCGCAUGUUCAAAGACGACGAAUCGGACGACUGGCGCCCCUACCGCACAUACAAGCGGAAGAAGGCUGUGUCGACACCCAGCGUGUCCAAUGGCGCUUCCAAUGCCACUACGACUGCGACUGCCGGUGCCACUGCCAACGGUGCGGCGGCCAAGGACGAGGAUGAGUGGGAGUAUGUUGAGGAUACAGACUCGGUCGAGGGCGCCGUGUAUCCGAUCCGAGCCGGCCGCAUCGCAAACAUGGAUGCCUUCCUAGCAUUUCUAGACCACGUGCACGGCAUCCUCACCACCACAUAUCACAACACGCCAAUCAUGUUGAUGGCUUCCCCCCAGUGGACGCGGCCCGACUGCGAGGCCAUUGCGCGCUACAUCUUUGAGAAGACGCGGACCCCGGCCCUCUGCCUCAUCAACAGCGGCAUUGCAACACAGUACGGCCUCAAGUGGCCCAACAUGACGGUCGUCGAUGUUGGAUUUGAAAAGGUCGACGUGACGUGCAUCUACGAAAGCCAGGUGGUCUCGCACUUGGACGUCGGUAGCUACCCGGGACCCGAGCGCGACGUUAGCGGCGGCGAGGUCUUCACGCGCAAGCUGGCGUCGCUGCUCAAGGCCAAGGGGUUUGACUACGAAAUGGCCGAGCAGCUGAAGAAGAAUCCCAUCUGCGAAGUCUUGCCAUACGCGCCUGACACCCCGGAGUUGAUGGAGCUGCCUGCUGAUACGGGCGAUGGGUCCAAAAUCGUUGCGCCCAUUGCCGACAUUGACGACGGCUUGAACAUUGAUGGUAAGGAUGUUGAGGAUGAGGGCGUGCUUGACGUCGCCAACAUUGUUGUAAGCGGUCAAACCAGGGAAUUCCUAGCCAAGAAGGAGAAAGAGAAGGCCGAAAGGGCCAAAGCCGGCCGCAAAGCAAAGGAGAGGGAAGGCAAUGAGGCGGCUGCAGCAAGGACUGCAAGGCUUCCAAACUCCAAACGGCCCUGGAAUGUGUUCCAUUAUGAGGAGCUGGUCACAGAGGAGGUUCCCGUCGCGGCACCCGUACCGGCACCGGCACCAGCGCCUGCGCCCGCCUCGAUCCCUGCUAUAGCGCCUACUCCGGCGGGAAUAGAAAAUAGUACCACGGACGUCACCAUGGGAGACGCAUCCGGGGCGACAACAGGGACAGCCCCAGAAGCAGCAACAGCAACAACAGCCCCCAUCGAAGGCUCCGCGAUCGAUGUCGCAAAACCAGAGCCAAGUGCAGAUCAACAGCAGGCCAGCGUCGGCAGCGAGGCAGUAAAGCCCGAGGAGGCAAAAGCAGAAGCACCGCCAGCUCCGGCCGCUCCUGAAACCGCUCAGCUCACAGAGAAGCAGACCAAGCGCGUGCGGCGGGACAUUGAGAUUGGCAUCGAGCGGUUUCUCUUUGCGGAACGUGCCGAGAUUGACCGCAUAGUCACUGCCAUCUACCGUGCCGUACAAGGGAUCGAGAACAUGUACAUGCGGCCGUACUGCUGGGAGAACAUUGUCUUUGUUGGCAACGGCACACGCAUCCGCGGCCUCAAGGACAACAUCAUGCAGACAUUGCAGGCGCGGCACCUGGUGUCGCCCAGCUCGGCCACCAUGUUUACCUCGGAGCUGCCGUCCAACUUGGGCACGCCGUCGGGCACCGGAUCCCAGACCCCUACCGGCUCCUUCACGGGCGCCCCACAUCAGCUGCCCACUACCAGCAGCGUCAACCCGCUGCUCCAAGCGGCAACCACGGCGAGCCUCGGCAUCCCGGGCGGCCCUGCCGCUGUCGCCGCCGCGGCCGCGGCCGCUGCUAAUGCUAAUGCGCCCGGCUCCAACGCUGGCGACGCUAGUUCGGCCCCCAGCCACCACUUCCACAGCCAAACGCCCACCACCAUCAAGCUUGCGCAGCUGCCCACCUACCUUAGCGAGUGGACUAAGAACGGCUUCGAGGAGGCCAUGUUCCUUGGCGCCCAGGUCGCCGCCCGUCUUGCCUUUUGCAUCCACAACUUGGACGUCCAGGGCCUCGAAAGCCAGCGGCUGAUGAGCUUGACCCGGAUAGACUAUAAUGAGCACGGGCCCAAAGCGAUUCGGUCGCAUUCGAUGCUGGGGUGACGGCAUUAUGGAGACGGCUGGUGUUUAUCGCGAGUGCUAGGGAGUGCGAAGGUAGGCUCCAAAGAGUUGUUGGCUUGGGCAGUUAGGGAGGUAGGUAGGGUAUCUAGGUUGGCUGGCCGAGGGGUGUUUUCUGUCACCCCUCUCCCUCUUUAUGAUUAAGUUGGAAAUAUCAAAUAUUAACACGAAGUGCCAAAAAAAAAAAAAGAGCCUUGCAGGUCGUCCUGCAGAGGUUAUAGACCUAGAAUGUUUCUUCGUGGUGACGUGUGGUUGUUACACCAUCCCCGCGUGGAAACGAACAGCGAGAAUUUGCUAUUUGAUCUGAGGCACCCUUUCACUAGAAGUACGAGGCUCUGCUUGUAGUUGGUGUGUAUCGUGGCAGCAUUUCGUCGCGUGAAUUCCAUGACUCCCAGUGCGUUCCGCGCGCCGGAGAUGCCCCGGUGCCAAAACAUGAGCUUGACCUCUUGAUGUUUAC